GAAUUGUUAACCAAAAUUAAACAGGGUUAAUGGCACUCAAAACUUUAUUUUGCAUGUUCUUUGAUUAUAGAGCCUGCAAUACCUUACCCUGUCAUGGGACAACAGAGUCUUGCUGAAGGAACCUAAACAUCUGACAGAAAGUCUCACAUUAUGAAAGUGGCAAAAUAUCUUCUGUGAGCCUGAAAGAAUGCAAGCACCUGGCUUAACCUCCUGUUGACUGUGAACAAUCUCAAAAAGAAAAACCAAGAGAUUUAAAGUUUAUUGCAAACAGCAAGUGUAACAGCUGAAAGAAGAAGGACAGACGCCCUGCUUCUUAAAGUUGCAAACGUCCUCUGACUGGUCUGCCUUCAGUUCACUCAAAUUUCAUUGAGAACAUUGCAAAAUGAAAACAGAGAUGGAUCUGACAAAAAUUGUGGACCUGAGCUUUCUAUCCGAAGAUGAACAGUUAGCUCUUCAGCAAGUCCUUAAAAGAGAUGCUGCUCUGCAAAAGCUUGAAGAAAACCGUAUCAAAAAACUGAAGAAAAAGAGUUUUGAGAUGAAAAAGUUGAAGGUGAUGACAGGUGAAUGGUUUGCUGAAGUUCAAGCAAAACGCUAUGGAGACUUCUCCAGUGGCAUAGACAUCCUCAAGAAUUCAAUAACCAGGAAGAAGAAGAUGCCAGUUGUUCAAGAUGUUGCAGUGAAGGCAUCUAAAGAUGUAAAUGUGUUUCUGAGUCCGAACUUAGAACGUCAAAAUAUUUCUUCAGAUCCUGAAGCCUUGAAAUCAGAGGAAAGGGUGUUAGAGGAAGCAGAAUCUGUACCGCAAACAAACGCGACAAUGCUUCAAUCACAGUCUCAGGCAACAGUAGACAGAUAUAAUCCAAAGGAUGAAGUAAGGACAAGGGAAGAAGACAACAUUAAACCAUAUAUGAAAGGGAGGAAUGAAGAUCAUGAAAAUAUGUCUACAACCUUGAGCAAUGAGGUUCCUCUUUCUAACACCAACUCAUCUAUUACAGCAAUUGAUGUACCAGUAUCUGAAACAAAUCCAUAUUCUGGUUAUACUUUCAGUCAACCAUCAUACUCAACUAAACAAGAAGAAUUCUGGACUCCAGAAGGCAACCUUAAUCUGCAAAGUCCCAGAAAAAAGCUCACUGCUCUAGACAGACUGACAAAUGAAAGUGACCAAAUUGGGUUUUCUCCAGUAGACACUGAAGCAACUGGAUGGUCAGAUCCUUCUGAACAAAGUGUAAAGCAUAGUCCUAGCACUGGGUUUGACAGCUAUGGGUCAGAGGUACCUUACAACAAUGCAGACAUUAUACAAGCACCUGCAGAAAGCAGUGACCAUACAAAAGGAUCAUCUGUGUCAAUUGGAGAAAUACCAUUCAGUUCAGAGGACGACUAUGAUGCACAAGAUAGUACUGAGAGGCAGAAGAACCCAUUUUCAAGGAAUUCAUCAAAAUUACUAUCAGAAAUUCUGCAGGGUGUUAAAAAGCCACAAAAAGGCAUCACCAAAAGUGAAAUAAAUUCAGACACAGUGGCUGAGCAAAAUCUGAUAAAUGCAAAUGUUGUGAGCAAAUCUCCUGACAUGGAUGGUCUGUUUACUUCAAGAUCUUCAAAUUUAAAGCCAAUUGCAACUAACACAAAGAUCAAUGAAUCAAAGGGGAAACAUCAAGAGAAAGAUAAUAUCAUUGACCAAAAUUCUGAAUCAGAUAAACCAAUAGGUUUAAUGAACAACAGAUCUAGUCAAAUCAAGAAGCCAGGCGAAUAUAGCAAUGAAGCACCAAAUCUAACAUUGGGAAGAGGAGAAACUGAACAUUCAAAGAGAAAAGGCAUUUUAAAACGCAGUCCAAGUAGUAGCUCCACCGAGUCAGAAAACCUUUCCAAGUGGACCCCAAUUCGGUCCACAGAGGAUGCGGAUCCAUUGCCAGAGCAGGCUGAGGAUUCUGAUGGCACUUCAAAGAUGGAGACAGGUGGCAAGCAAGUGAGGUUCUCUGCUAAAAUGAAGAAGGAACCACUGACAAAUAUAACAGAAGGACAUAAAAUUGACGAAUCUCGUAACUCUUCAUCGAUAAUGAAAGAAGACAAUUCCAUGCCAUGGCGAGAAGACAGUAAUUCCAGCGUUUACUCCUCAUUGUCUCCGACUCCAGUUCAAAAAUAUGAAAAUGAACCAGAUGUUGAUCAGUUUUUGUCUGACAAAGGAACAACUGAGGAGGAAUAUUUACCAUCACAAAAAUGGAGAGAUGAUUCAGAGGCACAGCAGAAAAGCUAUCAAGUGCCUGGUUAUGGUUCUUCAGACUCCAGUGUCAGAACAAAUGAACUGCCUUCACUACCAACCACCAAUGAAGCCACAGUUCCUUCCAUGCCAUCGAAUGACCCACAAAGUGAAGAGUAUGAUUAUUUUGAUGAUUUAACAUCUGAAUCCAGUGUUGGAUCAGAUAUUAUGAAGCAGACUGAUGUGCAUGUUAGUUCAAAUCUGCAAUCUUCUAAGCUGAGUGGAAGUUUACUGAGUCUGUACAGUGAUGCUGGAGAUUUUGGAGAAGUUCCAAUUCAGGGAGCGGUACAAUUCAAAUUGCACUGUGAAGAAGCUAAAAAAGAAUUCCAGGUCCAUGUGAUGCAGUGUCGAGGAUUGGCAGUAGCCAAUAUGAGAAAGUACACCUCAGAUCCAUAUGUGAAGACUUACCUGCUUCCUGACCGCACAAGACCGAGCAAACGCAAGUCAUCUGUAAAGAAAGCUUCACUGAAUCCCCAGUAUAACGAAAUCCUGAAGUACAAAAUAAAGAAGCAAGAACUUCUGAAUCGAACUCUGAAUGUCUCCGUGUGGCACAAUGAUACACUUGGUCGAAAUGUAUUCCUUGGAGAAACAGAGGUAGAGAUGCGUAAUUGGGACUGGAGCAAUGAGACACCAAGCUGGUACACCUUGCAAUCCAAGCCAUCUACUCUAUUGGAAGGAAACAUCAAUCGCGGAGAAAUCCGUGUGGCACUUAAGUAUAUUCCAGCAGAAUCAAUAGAUGGGAGCAUGCCACUCAAUGGGGAAGUUCACAUAUGGCUGAAAGAAGCAAUGCAGUUGCAGCCUCUAAAGCCUGGUGGUGUAGACUCUUUUGUGAGAUGUUAUAUUUUACCAGAUACCAGUAAGAAGAGCAGGCAAAAGACCCGAAUAGUAAAGAAAAGCCUUAAUCCAAUCUAUAACCAUACCAUGGUGUAUGAUGGAUUCAGGUUGGAUGAAAUAAUGGAGGCUUGUGCAGAACUAUCCAUCUGGGACCAUGAAACCUUCACCAAUCAGUUUCUUGGAGGAGUUCGCCUUAAUUUAGGCACAGGUAGUAGUUAUGGCCGUAAUGUAGAUUGGAUGGACUCAAAUGAAGAGGAAGCUGCUCUCUGGAUGGACAUGAUAUCCAAACCUAACCAGUGGGUGGAAGCAGUACUGCCUCUCAGGUCUUCUAUGACAAAAAGGAAGUGAUGAGUGAUUUUUCACUUAAUGCUUCCCCUGACUUUAAGUACUUAGAUAUAAUUUUCAUAAUGUGCUAGUGUCAAGAAAAAUGAUAUAAAACAUACUGUUUUCAUUUAGUAUCUAUACUUUAAGGGGUGAUGGGUUCUAGAAACAGGUGGAAGUUCAAGAGAAUUGUAGUGAAGAAGAGUAUUUGAAGAAUGAUAAAAAUACUUGAUGAUUACAUAAAUGGGUCUGCUUCUGAAGAGUAAAGAACAAAACUAGACGUGAAAAUUGAAGAGUUUAAAAAACUCAUUUAAGUAUCUGAAAGCAAAAAACUGUAAAGUUAUGAGGAUGAAAAGUGUGGGCGGUUAGAUUUUCUUUUGAAUUAUAUUGCUGAAAUGUGGAAAAUGUUGAAAUCAUGUGUUCAUUACUAAAAUGUUUAUGAAAUGCCAAAUAAAAUGUUGAACAGAUUGAACAAGCAUA